AUGUCGUAUACUCUCCACGUCCAAGUCAUCGAAGCCCGUAACCUCGCAAAAAUGGAUACAUUCGGAAAGAGUGAUCCAUAUGCUGUUCUUCAACUUUCAGGAACAAACAGAAUUCUCAAAACAGGAUACAAAGAUAAUACUUGCGAUCCACGCUGGAAUGAGCAAUUUUCACUUCCAGUUAACGACCUUAACGGAACUCUUCACGUUCUUAUCAAGGAUAAGGAUGUCUCAUGCGACGAUCCAAUGAGUAAGCUUGAGCUUCCUCUCAGCCAAAUCAGACCAGGUCAAAUCGUCGACCAAUGGUACAGCCUUCGCCCAAUGCCACACGUUAAGAGAGGCGGUGAUAUCCACCUCAAGCUCCAUAUGGCAGCUCCAAAUGAGGCUCCAUUCCAGCCAAGACCACAAGGCUAUCCACCAAUGGGUGGUUACCCACAAGCAGGAUAUCCUCCACAGGGAGGUUAUCCACCACAGGGUUAUCCACAGGCAGGAUAUCCUCCACAAGGAUACCCACAGCCAGGCUAUCCACCUCAGCAAGGAUACCCUCCACAACCAGGUUACCCACCACAACCAGGCUAUCUUCCACAGCCAGGAUAUCCACCACAACCAGGUUAUCCACCACAGCAGGGUUAUCCACCAAUGGGUAAGCCAGGAAUGCCACAACCAGGCUAUCCACCACAGGGAUACCCACCACAGCAAGGCUAUCCAGGAGCUUAUCCAGGCCAAUACCGUUAA